AUGCGCACGGGCGGGACCCGGGGCCAUAAAAGCGAAGGGGGGAGCGGCCUCGAAAGGAGCGUCGCGAUGGAUGCAGAGGCUGACGACCCCUUCUUACUGGCACAGGCAGAGUGCCGAAACUUCAUCAAGGUGAUGCUGGUGCGGAACCAGAACCUGCUCUUCGUGUGUGGCACCAACGCCUUCAACCCCAUCUGUGCCAACUACAGUAUGGACACUCUGGAGCCUGUUGGGGACAAUAUCAGCGGCAUGGCACGGUGUCCCUACGACCCCAAGCACGCCAACGUGGCACUGUUCACAGGGGGGAUGCUCUUCACAGCCACGGUGACAGAUUUCCUGGCCAUCGAUGCUGUCAUCUAUCGCAGCCUGGGUGACAGCCCGACCCUGCGCACGGUUAAACACGACUCCAAGUGGUUCAAAGAGCCCUACUUUGUGCACGCGGUGGAGUGGAGGAGCCACGUCUACUUCUUCUUCCGGGAGAUCGCCAUGGAGUUCAACUACCUGGAGAAGGUGGUGGUAUCCCGAGUGGCUCGGGUGUGCAAGAACGACAUGGGGGGGUCACAGCGGGUGCUGGAGAAGCAGUGGACAUCCUUCCUCAAGGCUCGGCUCAACUGCUCCGUGCCGGGUGAUUCACACUUCUACUUCAACGUCAUCCAUGCUGUGACGGAUAUCCUGGAGCUCAACGGGCGCCCCGUGGUGCUCGCUGUCUUCUCUACGCCCACCAACAGCAUCCCCGGCUCGGCUGUGUGUGCCUUUGACAUGACUCAAGUGGCUGCUGUCUUCGAGGGGCGUUUCCGAGAGCAGAAAUCACCGGAGUCCAUCUGGACAGCUGUACCUGAGGACAUGGUGCCAAAGCCCCGACCCGGGUGCUGUGCCGCCCCGGGGAUGCGCUACAACUCCUCCAGCACCUUCCCCGAUGAGAUCCUCACCUUUGUGAAGACGCAUCCUCUGAUGGAUGAAGCUGUGCCGUCCCUGGGCAACGCUCCCUGGAUUGUCCGCACGAUGAGUCGGUACCAGCUCCGCAAGAUUGUGGUGGACAACGCGGCAGGACCAUGGGGCAACCACACCGUGGUCUUCCUGGGCUCCAGCAAAGGCACCAUCCUCAAGUUCCUCAUCCAUCCCAAUGCCACCAGCAGCCCCGCACCUGCACCCCCCGGCAGCCAGAGCGUCUUCCUGGAGGAGUUUGAGACCUACCAGCCUGGGAGAUGUGGCCGGGACACAGAGGAUGAGCGGAGACUCCUGGGCCUGGAGCUGGACAAAGCAGCUGGGUCCCUGCUGCUGGCCUUCCCCCCCUGUGUGGCCAGGGUGCCCGUGGCUCGCUGCCAGCAGCACUCGGGCUGCAUGAAGAGCUGCCUUGGGAGCCGAGACCCGUACUGUGGCUGGACACCUGAGGGUUCCUGCGUAUUCCUGGAGCCCAGCCCCAGGACAGCUUUCGAGCAGGACAUCUCUGGUGGCAGCACAUCGCACCUGGGCGAGUGCGAGGGGCUGGUGACAGAGAGCUUCGUGGACGAGCCGGAUGGGCUGGUAUCGGUGAACCUGCUGGUCAUCUCCUCUGUGGCUGCCUUCGUCAUCGGCGCCGUUAUCUCCGGCUUCAGCGUGUGUUGGUUCAUCGGCCACCGGGAUCGCAAGGAGCUGGCGAGGCGCAAGGACAAGGAGACCAUCCUGGCACACAGCGAGUCAGUGGUGAGCGUCAGCCGGUUGGGAGAGCGGCGAGCGCGUGGCGGGCAGCCCGGUGCGCUGCUGGCCCCGCUGAUGCCCAAUGGCUGGCCCAAGGAGCUGGGCAAGGCGAACCAACACGACCUGGACUCAGGCGUCCUGCCUACACCGGAGCAAACCCCGCUGCAGCAGAAACGUUGCCCCGGUGCCCUCCAGAACUGCACCUGGGAGCAGAACCACAACAUCAUCAAUGCCGCGCUGCGGGACCCUGGUGCCAGCGGCACGCGGCUGCACGCCGGCGCCGGCCGCUCUGCCCGCGGCAUGCCUCUCUCCUGCCACGCCAUCCUGGUGGAUCAGGAGCUGGAGGCUGAACUCAGCGACUCCUCGGGUGAUGGGCACGGGGGACGGGAUCACCACGAGGGUCCCCGCACCCGACAGCACCCCUCUGCCGGUGUCCGCCGUCCUCCCCGCAGCUCCUAUGGCGACUUUGGGGGCACCCCGCGCCCCAGCCCUGACCGUCGGCGCGUGGUUUCGGCGCCUGGUGGGGAAGGGGGGGACUUCGUGGAGGGGCCGCCGUGGCACCCUGAGCAGCUGAACUUCAAUGCCAACAACGGCACCCAACGCCCCGGUGCCCACCUCAAGAGGAACCACACAUUUAACAGCGGCGAAGCGCCGGCAGGUGGCUAUGGGCAGCACGGCACGGCACCACGGGCACCCGGUGCGGGGCCCCCCCGGGCACUCACGGACCUGCACCACCUCCUGCGCUAUGGCAUGGAGCGGACUCCCUCGGGCAAAUAGAAGCUCACUGCCAGGCUUGGCACCCGCACACAGGCGCUGCCACCAUGGACGUUUUCCUCCGCCGUGCCACGGCACGGUGCCCCAGCUCUGUGGGGAUGGGGCUGAGAUGCUGCAUGGGGGAUUGGCAGCCCCUGGAUUCCCGUGGGAAGGAUUUGAGGUUUUUCCCUCCUGCCCCCGGAGCUGCACAGGUCCCUGCUGUCCCCGGCUGGCACGGGGCAGUGCCCCAUGCUCCGGCUGCUUUGCACAGGCUCUGAGUGUCUGUCUGUCCGGUCCCUUCCCCAGGCUGGUCCCAGGUACUGCUGCGCCCUGGGCGGGACUCCCUGGGAGGCAGCAGGAUGGACACACAGACAUGGGCACAGCUGGCGCAGAGCAAAGCAGUGCCCUCUGCCCAGAGCCCCUCAGUCCCAUCAGCUGUGCCUCGGCACCUUUAGGUGUGUGGGUGCUGCCAGCACCCGGGAAAAACCAAGCCAGGACAGCACCCAGCAGAGGAUGCCAUCAGGGUGCAUCAUCUGCCAAGGACUGGGCAAAACCUCCACUACCCUGACCUGGUGCCAGCGGAGAGCUGUCAUCUGUCCCCUAACACCUCCGCUCCCACUGAGAUCCCAGCAUUCCACUCCCCUCUCCUUGAAAGCACAGCUGGGCACUGGGAUGUAGGGGACUGGGGGAUCCCACCUGACUCACUCUCUGCUGGCAAAGGGUGUCCUUUCGGUGCCAGCCAGUUGCAGGUGGCACGAGGGGCAGUAGGGCUCUGCAGGACCGCAGGGCUGGGUGCAGGGAUGCGGGCGCUGCAGGUGCUCUGCGCCCUGACUGCAGGGUGGAGGGCAAUUGGUCCCAUGCUGUAAAUAGGGUGCCGGGGCACCGCGGGCACCCCAUCGCCCCGGGGCCGUUCAUGCAUGCGACAGCGGUAACGUCUCUGUAUAACCCCGGAGCCCCGCAAUAAACUUCUGUUUACAAGAGGUGAUUCCUCCCCA